CGUUCAGUUGGUGGACGCCAGUUGUGCGGUUCGCUCGGUGCCUCCUUUUCAUUCUAUAGUACACUAGCUUCAGCUCGAUUCGAAUCGCGUGCCGCGUCGUGUGUGACAUCCACCAUACAUAAUUAAAUCUAUACGCGCUCCUUACAUAUAUCCCUACACCCCGUACAAAUGGCAAACUCGCAUGCGUUUGUGCAGUGAUUCACCGCGAGUGAGUGCGUUGGCCUCUGGCCGAGAGUACAAAUCCCCAGUGAAUACAGGCUACGGCUCGAAAAGUGGAUAGAUAGAUCGGCUAUAGAACACCGAUCUUUCGACGGCCUUUGCCCAGUGUUAUGAGCACUUUUGUCGCCGCGUGUCUUGCCGGAGAUCACUUUAAAAAUAACAGAUUUGUUUGAUGCUAUUUAUAAUAAAAGGCGGGCCAAGUUUUCGUUCCGUUUCGCAUUGUGAGGCUUUUGGCGUUCAACUCUUAGAUUUCGGUUUUCUUUUCUCUCUGGUACUCGUAUGCACUUGAACGCCACCUGAAAAUAUCACAGCAAUAUUAAUUCGACAGCGUUUGUGUGCCAGUGUCGCAAUGUAAACAGCCAAAAUGGCUAGCGGUUUGAUCGGCACCAAUUUCAGCACUACAUUGACAAAUGGGAUGUCGGGGUGUGAUCAAAGCACUGUCGAAUCAUUGGCCGACGACCCAACAGAUUCACCAUUCGACGCCGAUGAUUGUCUCAAGGUGCGCAAGUACUGGUGCUUUCUGCUGUCCAGCAUCUUUACAUUCCUUGCUGGCCUGCUCGUGGUGCUGCUAUGGCGAGCCUUCGCCUUCAUCUGCUGCCGCAAGGAGCCGGACCUGGGGCCCAACGACCCCAAACAGAAGGAGCAGAAGGCCUCCCGCAACAAACAGGAGUUCGAGGGCACCUUUAUGACAGAAGCGAAAGACUGGGCUGGAGAGCUUAUCUCGGGUCAAACAACAACUGGUCGAAUUUUGGUCGUACUCGUAUUUAUACUCAGCAUUGCAUCCCUCAUUAUAUACUUUGUUGAUGCAUCUAGCGAAGAAGUCGAAAGAUGCCAAAAGUGGAGUAAUAACAUUACUCAACAGAUCGAUCUCGCAUUCAAUAUAUUUUUUAUGGUUUACUUUUUUAUACGAUUCAUAGCGGCGUCCGAUAAGCUUUGGUUUAUGUUAGAAAUGUACAGUUUUGUAGAUUAUUUUACAAUACCCCCGUCCUUCGUAUCAAUAUAUUUAGAUCGAACAUGGAUCGGUCUUCGAUUUCUUCGAGCGCUACGUCUCAUGACUGUUCCAGAUAUUUUACAAUAUUUAAACGUACUAAAAACAUCGAGCUCCAUACGCUUGGCUCAACUAGUAUCAAUUUUUAUAUCCGUGUGGUUAACAGCAGCGGGCAUUAUACAUCUGCUGGAGAACUCUGGCGAUCCGCUGGAUUUUAAUAAUGCUCAUCGUUUAUCGUAUUGGACCUGUGUCUAUUUCCUAAUUGUGACCAUGUCAACGGUAGGAUAUGGUGACGUUUACUGUGAGACUGUCCUGGGAAGAACAUUUCUCGUGUUCUUUCUGCUCGUCGGCUUGGCAAUGUUUGCCAGCAGUAUACCGGAGAUAAUUGAACUCGUCGGUAGUGGCAAUAAGUAUGGCGGUGAACUGAAAAGAGAACACGGAAAGAGACACAUUGUGGUAUGCGGUCACAUAACAUACGAAUCCGUGUCGCAUUUCCUGAAGGACUUUCUCCACGAAGAUCGGGAGGAUGUCGAUGUCGAAGUGGUCUUUCUCCAUCGCAAAGAGCCUGACCUGGAGCUAGAGGGACUGCUGAAGCGUCACUAUACCACAGUGGCCUUUUUUCAGGGCACUAUGAUGAACGCAGUCGACCUGGAGCGAGUCAAGGUUCACGAAGCCGACGCCUGCCUCGUGCUAGCUAACAAAUAUUGCCAAGAUCCCGACGCAGAAGAUGCUGCCAACAUCAUGAGAGUCAUCUCGAUCAAAAACUACAGCGACGACAUUCGAGUCAUCAUCCAGCUGAUGCAGUACCACAAUAAGGCGUACUUGCUGAACAUACCAUCGUGGGACUGGAAACAGGGCGACGAUGUCAUUUGCCUGGCGGAGCUGAAGCUGGGCUUCAUUGCCCAGAGUUGCCUGGCGCCCGGGUUCUCGACCAUGAUGGCCAACCUGUUCGCCAUGCGAUCGUUCAAGACGUCGCCAGACAUGCAGUCUUGGACAAACGAUUACCUGCGCGGCACUGGCAUGGAAAUGUACACUGAAACAUUGAGUCCCACAUUUAUUGGAAUACCAUUUGCUCAGGCCACUGAACUGUGUUUCUCCAAGCUGAAGCUCCUGCUGCUGGCCAUCGAGAUCAAGGGCGCCGAGGAGGGGGCGGACAGCAAGAUUUCCAUUAACCCGAGGGGAGCCAAAAUCCAGGCCAACACCCAGGGUUUCUUCAUAGCACAAAGCGCCGACGAGGUAAAGCGUGCCUGGUUCUAUUGCAAAGCCUGCCACGAGGACAUCAAGGACGAGACGCUGAUCAAGAAAUGCAAAUGCAAAAACUUGACUGUUCAGCCCAGGAGCAAAUUCGAUGACUUAGAUGUGGGCAUGAUUAUGAUGCAGACGGGCAUGGUCAACCAAGGCAUCACGUCGGUGAUGAAUACAAUGGAGGAUGAACACCAUCCUGCACCCACAUUUACGCCUCCAGAGCUACCGAAAAGGGUGCAUGUGCGUGGAUCUGUUUCGGGUGAUAUCACUCGUGACAGAGAAGAUACGAAUCUACUCAAUCGCAAUGUGCGCCGUCCGAACGGCACUGGAAACGGUACGGGUGGCAUGCACCACAUGAACAACACGGCAGCGGCGGCUGCUGCAGCUGCGGCGGCGGGAAAACAGGUGAACAAGGUGAAGCCCACGGUGAAUGUGAGCCGGCAGGUGGAGGGCCAAGUGAUAUCGCCAUCGCAGUACAACAGGCCACCAGAGAAUGAUGCUAACCCUUAUGCGGGCUAUCAACUUGCUUACGAAGUUAAAAAGCUCAUGCCGACGAGUCGCAGUUCCGGCACGGGCACUCAGAAUCAAAACGGCGGCGUUUCAUUGCCCGCCGGCAUUGCCGACGACCAGUCGAAGGACUUCGAUUUCGAGAAGACCGAAAUGAAGUACGACUCUACGGGCAUGUUCCACUGGAGUCCGGCAAAGAGCUUAGAAGACUGCAUACUGGAUCGCAACCAGGCGGCCAUGACCGUGCUGAACGGCCACGUGGUCGUGUGCCUGUUCGCCGAUCCCGACUCGCCGCUGAUCGGGCUGCGGAAUCUGGUGAUGCCGCUGCGGGCGUCCAACUUCCACUACCACGAGCUAAAGCACGUGGUCAUCGUGGGCUCGGUGGACUACAUCCGGCGCGAGUGGAAGAUGCUGCAGAACCUGCCCAAGAUCUCGGUGCUCAACGGAUCGCCGCUGAGUCGAGCCGACUUGCGGGCGGUGAACGUCAAUCUGUGUGAUAUGUGCUGCAUCCUGUCGGCCAAAGUUCCUAGCAACGACGACCCCACGCUGGCCGACAAGGAGGCGAUCCUCGCCUCCCUCAACAUCAAGGCCAUGACCUUUGACGACACGAUCGGGGUGCUCAGCCAGCGCGGCCCGGAGUUCGACAACCUGAGCGCCACCGCCGGCAGUCCCAUUGUGCUGCAGCGGCGGGGCUCGGUCUAUGGGGCCAAUGUGCCCAUGAUAACAGAACUGGUCAAUGAUAGUAACGUGCAGUUUCUCGAUCAAGACGACGACGACGAUCCAGAUACAGAACUAUAUCUGACGCAGCCAUUCGCCUGCGGCACAGCCUUUGCUGUGAGUGUGUUAGACUCGCUGAUGUCCACGACUUACUUCAAUCAAAACGCCUUAACGCUCAUCCGCUCACUGAUAACGGGCGGAGCCACGCCCGAGCUGGAACUGAUCCUGGCCGAGGGAGCUGGCCUCCGCGGAGGCUACAGCACCGUGGAGAGUCUGAGCAAUCGGGACAGAUGUCGAGUGGGUCAAAUCUCACUGUACGACGGUCCGCUGGCUCAGUUCGGGGAGUGCGGCAAGUACGGAGACCUGUUCGUGGCCGCCCUCAAGUCGUACGGAAUGCUGUGCAUCGGACUUUACCGAUUCAGAGACACCAGCUCCAGCUGUGAUGCGAGCAGCAAACGUUAUGUAAUAACCAACCCACCCGAUGACUUUUCACUACUGCCAACAGAUCAGGUAUUCGUUUUAAUGCAAUUCGAUCCGGGCCUGGAGUACAAGCCGCCAGCGGUACGAGCACCUGCCGGCGGUCGCGGCACCAACACACAGGGCUCCGGGGUCGGCGGGGGCGGCUCCAACAAGGAUGAUAACUCUUGAUUGUUACUGUGUAGCGCCUUAACUGAUGGUCCUUAUUCGUACAUUUGAACGAUGGAGAAGCUAAUCGGAGCCAGAGCAGCGCAUUUGGGGCACCUAAUCCACAACCUAUUGGCCUAAGAAAUUCGACAAAGAGCAGACACAUAUUAGUAUGUACCGUAAUCCGAAAAUGUGAAAUCAAAAGCGUUAACUAGUUAGAAUUGCCAUCAAAUGCGCUGCUCUGCACUUUUAUGUGUGUGGAGGCCUGCGGCCAGGUGUAUUUUGUCCAUCCCAACUAACAAUCAAGAGACAGCCAGCAGCCAGAGCCACAGACAUCCAGAAGGCAAUGCCGCCUGUCUCCACACACAUAAAAAGCUAAUUCAGAUCGGGGCAUCAACAACUUCAGCCCUGGUAUCCAUCGUUCAACUGCCAACUGAUUGCUUCCCACAUCAUUCCGUAUGCCUUUUUAGAACCUUGAAAUUUUCAUAUUCUGUAUACUUAUAAUUUUAAUCUUACUCUACAUUGGUUAAUCUUGUAUCCUUCUUUAGCCAUAUUAUUUUGUAAUCGACUUUGUGCCCCAAUAAAUAUUAUUUUCAUA